GGCGUUGAGGUUGAGUCACCCACUGAGUGCCACACAGACCGCCACUACCUCCACCUCCACUUUCACUCGCACAACAACACUGCAGCACUUCCGGCGAGACGACUGUCUCAUCAUCAUCCUUCUCUCCUUCACCUACUCCUCCAUUCUUUAUGCCGACCUCGGCUGAGCGCUCGCGCCUUAACGAGCGCCUCGCAAGCCUCAAACGCGAGGGAUUCCUCGUCAACGGGAAAGGCGUCGUCGUGUACACCGACGCGUCGCAGCUCCAUCAUCGUCCAGGCCGCAAGGUGGGCAUCGGCCUCUUCUGGGGAGACAAGGAAAACUCGCGCGCGAGCAACAUGCUCUGCGGAGAGCGUCCACCGCCAAACGUCGUUCAAGUGCAUCAGGCUGAGUUCUAUGCGGUGAUCCGCGCAAUCGAACUCCAUCCAGAGCCUCGUGUUGGCCUCGAAGUUCGGACAGACUCGAAAUCCGCGAUCCACUACUUCAGACAGUGUGGCGAGUAUCACAGACGCAAGUGGAAGAAGCGCAAGGGGUCCGUUGACCCGACCACUGUCGGCCUUCUCAGACGGCUCGCAACAGCCCGAAAGCAUCUGAAGUGUCAAAUCACCGUAGUGCACGUCAAGGGGCACUCUGGAGACGUGCGGAACGAGCGCGCCGAUCACUUCGCGAAGGCGGCAGCACGCGGCGUGCAUGUUCAGGAACUGUCUGAAGACGAGGACUCUGACGACGAUGAUGAGGGAGACGACGACGAUGACGAUGACGACGAGGACGAUUUCGUUAUGUGGGUCCCUAACCCCGCACACGAAGUCAUUGAGGUGUCAGAUACAGAGGAUGAUGUGGUCGUGGUUUCUGUCUCUCGCGAAGUCAUCGUCAUCUCCGACUCGGAGUUCGAAGAAGAAGACGACGGCGUGAAGAUGGACAAGGGCAGCGGCGCUUACAAAGGUAACGCUGAGAGCCCUGCUCUCGAGUUCGAGGGCGACCCUUCGCGGGCGCACCAUACGCCUUCAGAUGACGACUAUGAGAUGGUUGAACACGACUUGUGUGAUUACAAAAGAGACGAUACGAGCAACCCCCAGUACGGCAAAAACGACGCACGUAAUGAAAGUGACGAUGGGUAAAGGAGUCCUAAGACGGCGUCUCAAUGGAAGCGGGGUCAUUUCUGGCUCCUUAAUUUCUUACAUGUAUGUAGGCGUCUGAAAGCAUGUAGACCGUCGCCUCUAGCAAAAGGU